GUCCGCAAUGGAAGACGGCGGACAAAGGCGCAGAAGGGAGUACUGGUGGAUUUCUCUGUGGCUCUCAUUUCUGCUGUGCUUUGUGCAGCAGAUUUCCACCCAGGCAAGGUACUCUGUUCAAGAAGAGGUAAAAGAGGGAUCAGUUGUCGGAAAUAUUGCUAAAGAUUUGGGUUUGGAUGUCAGUACUUUGUUGGACCGACGGUUUCGCAUCGUGUCUGGAUCUAAGGACGAUCUUUUCCAGGUAAAUCAGAACAACGGCGCACUAUAUGUUCAAAAGAAAAUCGACAGAGAGGAGAUAUGUGACGGCAAUGAUGUCUGCUUAAUGAAUCUAAAAAUAGCAGUUGAAAAUCCUUUAGAAAUCCAUUAUGUUGCAGUUGAAAUAAUUGAUGUAAACGAUCAUGCUCCUAGUUUUGCGGAAAAACAUCUUAGUUUAGAGGUAGCAGAAAAUAAAUCUCCAGGGGCGCGAUUUGACCUGCAGCCUGCACGUGAUCUAGAUGUUGGCACUAAUUGCAUUCGUUCUUACAAACUUAGUCAAAAUGAGCAUUUCUCUUUGGAGUUAAGAGACGGUGACGAAGACGGUCUGCCUUCUCUCGUCUUACAGAAAUAUUUGGACCGUGAAAGUGCACUCAAACACGAAUUAUUAUUAACGGCCAUAGAUGGUGGAAAUCCCCCUAAAUCUGGCAGUCUUAACAUAACCAUAACUGUCCUCGAUAUUAAUGACAACCAGCCUGUGUGCAGCCAAAACAUGUACUCAAUAUCUUUAUAUGAGAACGUUAGUAUUGGAACCACUGUAAUGAAAGUGAAUGCUACAGAUCCAGAUGAUGGCAGCAAUGGAGAGGUUGUCUAUUCAUGGGGUAGAAAUACAAAGAACAAAGUCAAAGACAUUUUUGAGAUAGACCACAUUACGGGUGAAAUGUAUGUCAAAAAACAAAUUGACUUUGAAGACAAUCAGAUAUACAGAUUAAACAUACAGGCUUCCGAUAAAGGGCAGCCUCCACUAUCUGUCGAUUGCAGAGUUUCCAUCAGGAUAAUAGACGUGAACGACAAUAAACCAGAAAUUGAAGUUACCCCAAUCCUGACUGUUGUUCCAGAGGAUUCAAAACCCGGAACUGUUAUUUGUUUAAUUAGCGUUUCAGAUAGAGACUCUGGAAUUAAUGGCAAAGUCGUUUGUAGUCUCUCAAAUGAUGUUCCAUUUGAGCUGAAGUCGUCUGUUGAAGAUAACACAUUUUCAUUAAUUAUUAAAGGAAAAUUAGAUAGAGAACUUGUAUCCCAUUAUGAUAUUUUACUAAUAGCCAAAGACUUGGGUCAGCCUGUUUUGUCCUCACUGAAAACUCUGAGCGUGCAGAUAUCAGAUGUAAAUGAUAAUGUUCCAGAAUUCCCUCAACAGCCUCUCGAGCUUUACUUGAAAGAAAACACCCCUGGAGCAUCUAUAUUUUCGGUGAGUGCUAACGAUAAAGAUAUAUUUGAAAAUGCUAUAAUUAAUUAUCAAAUUAUGAGAGGUGACGCGACACUUAAUGACAUGUCGACAUUCCUAAAUAUAAAUUCAGAAACAGGAGUUAUUAGCGCAUUAAGGAGCUUUGAUUUCGAAACGGUCAAAACUUUCCAGUUCCGCGUGCUCGCUACUGAUUCUGGAACUCCACCUCUGAGCAGCAACGUCACAGUGAACGUGUUCAUUCUGGAUCAGAACGACAACGUUCCAGUGAUCUUAUAUCCAGUCAGCUCUAACGGAUCUGCUGAAGGUGUGGAGGAGGUUCCCCGCAAUGUGAACGCAGGACAUUUGGUGACUAAAGUGAGAGCCUAUGACGCGGAUAUAGGAUACAACGGCUGGCUAUUAUUUUCACUGCAGGAAGUGAGCGACCACAGUCUGUUUGGUUUGGACCGCUAUACAGGACAGAUUAGGACCCUUCGCUCAUUCACAGAAACAGACGAGGCUCAGCAUAAACUGGUCAUACUGGUCAAAGACAAUGGCAACGUUUCACUUUCAGCAACAGCGACUGUGAUUAUCAAAGUUGAGGAGCCCAAAGAGGCUUUUGCAGCUUCUGAUGUUAAACACGCAGUAAAAGACGAGGAGGACAAUGACGUCACAUUUUAUCUGAUCAUCACUCUGGGAUCAGUUUCAGUGCUUUUUAUCAUCAGUAUCAUUGUGCUGAUUGUAAUGCAGUGCUCCAAAUCUACAGACUAUUCCUCCAAGUACUUACAAGAUACUAAUUAUGAUGGAACACUGUGUCACAGCAUCCAGUACAGAUCAGGAGAUAAACGGUACAUGUUAGUUGGACCAAGAAUGAGUAUCAGUUCUACUAUAGUCCCGGGCAGUAAUGGGAAUACUCUAGUGGUACCAGAUCGCAGGAGGAGAACUUCUGGAGAGGUAGGAGUCCAUUAUAUUUACCAUUUUAAAGUUGCUGUUAUGAGGUCGCUUAACAUGUCAAGACUGAUUUUUGCUGUUCUAUCUGACAUUGGUUUGUUUUCGUGGCAUUUAAGUCGCUCAGUGGUUCUGAAUAUGGCUGUGGCCAAGCACCAACUCGGUUGUUUGUUCAUUUGA